CUCAGAUACUCUGCCCAGAGCCUUUUUGACUACAUGAAGAAAAUCCAAAAUGAUUCCAGUGCUAUGGAGAGUUUCUGUGAGACGCUGCUGAAGGUCUUUGAGGACAACCUGCGGAAUGACCGGGUGUCUGUACCUCUCCUGACAAUGCUGGACCAAAUGCUGGCUAAUGGUUGUUUUGAUGUAUUUACCAUGCAAGAGAACCACCCCUUUUCAGUGAAGUUAUUUACCCUUUGUAAAGAAGAGAUCAAGAGAUCCAAAGACAUUCGGAAGCUUCGCUCCAGCAUAGGAGUGUUUUGUGGCCUGAUUCAAUUUCAAGGGGACAUGAGAGAGAAAGUGUUAUUUCAGUUGUUUCUCCUUCUUUGCCAUCCAUUUCCUGUAAUACGGAAAACGACAGCCAGUCAAGUUUACGAAAUGCUGAUAACCUACAGUGAUGUGCUUGAUCCUGCCGUUACGGAUGAGGUUAUGACCAUACUCAGCGAUACCAACUGGGAAGCUGAAUUGCCAGUAGUGAGAGAGAAGCGCAACUGCCUCUGUGAUCUCAUGAAAGUGCCCAAACCGCAGCUGGUAUCCAAGAUAGAUGAUGGGCAAUUCCAAACUGUCUGCUCAAUAUUCCAGAAAUACAGAAUUUUCUGCUUUGAGUUCAGCAUAAUCAAGCUGCAGGCAUGUAAACUGAAGCUCUUGGUUCAGGUGCCAUUAGGCCUGGAAGAGUUUGUGCUGCGGCAUCCUGACGAACUGGAUUCUCAGCGUGAGCUGCAAAGUGCACUGUUUAACAAAAUAAGAGGCAGAGAUUAUGUCUGA